AUGUCGUCGUACGCCAACAUCGCCGCCGAGAACGCGCCUCCCAAGUCGCAGCAGCCCAAGCCGGACCCGGGUCUGCUCGAGGGCCAGGUGGACCACAGCAAUGUGAACCACAACGCACCGGACGUCAACUCGGGCAAGGUCAACGUCGUCCCCGCCGACACCGAUCUCGAGCACCUCAAGACGCAGUCUCAAGAAGCCUACGACGAGGCGGUCUCCAAGGCCCGUGAGCAACGUAAGCAGUUCGAGUCGUCUGCCAAGCAGGCGUCCGACUCGGCCUCCAAGACGGCCCAGGAUGCCAAGAAGACAGGCCAGAACGCUGCCUCUGACGCCAAGAAGGCGGGUCAAGAUGUUGCUUCCGACGCGAAGAAGGCUGGUCAAAACGCUGCCUCCGACGCCAAGAAGGCCGGCCAGGACAUCGCCGACGAUGCUCAAAAGGCUGGCAAAGAUGCGGCCAACAAGGCCGAAAAGGUGGCCAACGACGUCUCCUCGGAAGCCGAGAAGUUUGGCAAGGAUGCCCGCGCCACGGCCGAAAAGUACGGCAAGGAGGCGCGCGACCAGGCCGAAAAGGCGGGCAAGAAGGCCGAGGAGUACUACGAGAAGGGCAAGAAGGAGCUCUCCAAGGACGCCGAGGUGUUGAGGAAGCGCGGCGAGGAGGGCGCCAAAAAGUUGAAGAAGAAGGCGGGCGAGGCCGAGAAGGAGUUGGAGAGCUGGUGGUCGUCCUUCUCGAGCGACCCCAAGCAGUGGGGUCCCGCCCUCGCCGGUCUCAACGUCGCCCUGCUCGGUGGUCUGGGUGUGUAUGCUUACACGCACAAGGAACAGGUCCAGCGCACCGACCGUAGGCUCAUCAGCGCUGUCACGGUCGGUGUCCUCGGUCUGCUCGGUGGCCAGGGCUACUGGGCCAACGAGACCGCCAAGAAGCAGAACAGCUCGCUUUAA